AUGAUUGACUUCGACGAGCUAGACGAGGUGGAGCCUGAAAGGCGACCCUACGACUUGGUCGUCUUCGGAGCCACAGGCUACAGUGGCUGCCUCGCGGUGGAACAUCUAGAUGCACUGCUGUCGCUGCCAGCGGCAGUGCCGCACCGAUGGGCGAUCGCUGGCAGGAGCGAGGAAAAGCUGCAGAAGAUGGCGGCCCGAUGCAAGACGCAUCCGAAGGUCAUUGUGGCCAACUCCAAGUCUGAGAUUGAGCAGAUGGCAGAGGAUUCCACAGUCAUCCUGGCGCUGGCAGGCCCCUAUCUGGCUUGCGGCGAGCAAGUGCUUCGGGCCUGUGUGGAGAAAGGUACCCACUACAUCGAUAUCACCGGAGAGGUGAACUUCUCUCACUUCGCCAUCCAAAAGUAUCACAAAGCCGCGAAGGACAAAGGCAUCAUGAUCGUGCAGUUUGCGGGUGCGAUGUCAGUCCCCGACGAUCUUGCUGGCUACCUUCUGGUCAGGAAGCUCGGCCCGCUGAAGCAGCUGCGGGUCUAUACCUGGGGCUUCGGUCUGAGGGGUGGCGGCUCCUUUCAGACAGGGAUGGAGGUGGUGGAGCGGAUGUUGCCCGAAUCCAUGGCCGUGUAUCAGAACCCUUUUAGCCUCGGCGGCGAGCGGCGAUCAGGAGCACGACCACAGGACGCGGACUGCCGCGUUACGGAGGCGGAUCCGCUCUUCCCUACGACCUGGGUCAUGCCAGCUUAUGGAUCCCACACCACUUCACGGGUGCUGCGCCGCAGCUGUGGCCUCUUCGACGAGUGGAAGGAUGCUCCAUCAUAUGGCGACGACCUGCUGGUCGUGGUGAGGGACUUGGCCUUGGACAAGAAGGACGCGGACUAUGCUGUUUGGGCAAAUCCUGUACCAGCUGACAUCAAGGACACCAUGAAGCAGUCCCGGACAAUGGAGGAGAUGCGGAAUAAGUCUUUGGCGCCUCAUCCGGGAUUGGGGCCACCACAGGAGGCUCGCGCUCUGGGCUUCGUCGAGAGCUACCUGGUUGCUGAGGCUGAGUCCGGUGAUUGGGGCCACGUACACUUCCUCGGUGGCGACGGCUUUGAGGUGACUGCCAUCACUUGCGCUUGUGCAGCCCUUGUUAUCCUCGAGGAGCUUGAGUCCCUGGCCGUUGACGCCCGUGGAGUGCUCACACCGGCGGCGGCCUUCCACGGCAGCAGCUUCCAGCAACGGCUGGAGGCUCAUGCCUUUGCUGCUGGCACAGGGCCAAAGAUGUCCUUUGAGGUCGUGGAGGGGAAGCCCACGGAGGAGCAGGCCAAGCGACUUUUCCAUGACGGUUGA